AUGUCAAGUAGUAGUGAGGCCUCUGGUGGUGUUCGGCAACGAAAUACUUUAUUUGGUCGCUUAAAGUCUGACUAUGUCAAUACUGCUAUGUUCUUUGCUCGUUUGGGGACGCUGUUCUGCUGUGUUGUAUUCUUCUUUGCGCCAAUUUUUUCUCGUUUGCAUCCGUCAGAUCUGGAGGUUUGGUAUCGAAGAGCAUUGUUAGCAAGUGCGGCGACUUCAGCCCUACGUUUACAUCAACGAAUAAAAAGUUUAAAUACAGGUUUCUCUCGAGAAGUCCUAGAGGUCUUAAUCUCUGAGGAUUCUUCUCACUAUUUGCUGUUUUCCAUUAUGUUUGCUGUAUUACCACCUGUUACAGUUUCUUUAGUGCCAAUCUUCUUAUUCGCCCUUUUACAUGUGGCCAGCUUCACAAGGGUUCUUUUAAAUACAUCUGUUUCUGUGAACAGUGGCGGAAUGAGUAAUGGUUCAGAUGCUCCAGUUGGUUUAUCGAACAUGUCACGUGUACAUCAAAUACUACAAAAAUCAACUGAUAAAGUGAAAGCGCAUGAUCAGAAUAUCUUACGUAUAAUUGCCUUAAAUGAAAUCAUGUUGAUGGUAAUCUGUAUAUUUAUGGCUGUUUCUGGACCUAGAAUUUUUGUCCUCCCCUUCAUUUAUUAUCCGUUCUUGAAAAUGCGUUAUAAUUCAAGGCGUAAUCCUUAUACUCGUAACGCCUUUUUGGAACUGCGUAUAGCACUUCAGAAUGUAGCCUAUCAUGCUAAGUGUCCAGCGCUUAUUUCUCGUAUAAUUUAUGGUCUCAUCAAUAUUAAAUUAGAUUGGUAUCAACUUUCUCGUGUUUUUUCUGUUUUUCGUCGUCCAUUUGUUACCUUGUGA